AUGCUACGAAGCAUAGAAGUUGUGUAUAUCAAACCGAAAAACGAAGUCUUUGUGUGCCAUUUAUUAGCAACAACGAAACAAGAAAAUGGACAAUCAGUCGAUCAGUUUAUACAGAAACUACGCAGCCUCGCUGGUGACUGUAACUUUUUGUCCGCUUCUGCUGAAAAGCAUCGUGACGAGGCUAUCCGUGACGCCUUCAUAACAGGACUAAUAUCUAAUAGCAUUUACCAACGACUUUUGGAGAAGUACAAUCUUAAUCUUCAACAUGCAUUCGAAGAAGCUCGCAUGUUGGAACAUGCUCAGCAAGUCACAACUCUGUGA